GUCGCAUUCUCUGCCUCUCUUCUCUCUCUACUGUAUCUUUUAGACAGGGAGAGAGUGUAGAGAGAGAAAGCAAAAAACAGCCAAAGAACCCAAACAAAAAGUGGAGAUGUACAUUUGACGAAUGGAGUAGAGCAAAAACCAUCUCGCAUUUGUAGUGGUUACUUCCAAAAAAAGAAAGAAAACUUAGAUCCCAGAGGAUAUUAUAAGGGAAGCGAAGUGAAAGCCCGAAAUGGUGGUUACUCAUUUUAAACCUGGAUCGAAUUGAACAGUCCAAGAUCUUGCAGAUUGAGUCUGUCGGGCAAAGUGCUUCUGCGUAUAUGAAGAAGUUGGGGAAGAAAGAAAUAGUAUUGACAUAAUUGAAGGACAAUGAAAUCCGACACGCCUCUUGAUUAUGCCGAGUUCCAACUAUCCCCAAAGCGUGCACGAUGUGAAUUAUUUGUUUCAAGCCAUGGAAACACAGAGAAGCUUGCUUCGGGAUUGAUAAAGCCGUUUGUGACUCACUUAGAGGUUGCAGAAGAUCAGGUUGUGCACUCGCUUCAAUCAAUCAGGCUUGAAGUUGAAAGACUUAAAAAUGCGGAGACUUGGUUUACGAAAGGAACACUUGAGAGAUUUGUGCGGUUUGUUAGUACCCCAGAAGUUCUGGAAAUGGUCAAUAAAUUUGAUGCAGAGAUGUCUCAGUUGGAAGCAGCCCGGAAAAUAUACUCUCAGGGGACUGAUGAUCAGACUUUUGGCACUUUAGGUGGGGAUGUAUCAAGAACCAUGGCAGAAGCUGAUGCAACGAAGAAGGAGCUUUUGAGGGCUAUUGAUGUACGCCUUGCUUCAGUCGGGCAAGACUUAACUGCUGCUUGCGCUCGAGCAGCAGCUGCGGGUUUCAAACCUGGUGCAGUCUUAGAUCUCAAACUCUUCGCAGACGAGUUUGGCGCCCAUCGCUUAAAUGAAGCCUGCACCAAAUUUAUGUCACUGUGCCAAAGAAGACCAGAAUUGGUUGGGCCAUGGAAGCCAGGUGUUGACGAUCAAGUGGUUCGAGCAUCCUGGGGAUCUGACAUGUCAAUUGAUGAGCCCACAGAAGACCUAAACGUGUCCUACCAUCCCAGGACCCAGCAAUCCCCACCUCAAAAUAGACAUCAACGACAAAUAAGCCAAGACCAAGAGCAACAACCAAAUUCAACAGAAACCCAGCACCACCAAGACCAAUCAAAACCCAUCAUUUGUCAACCACAAUCAUCUUCUACCCAACAACAACGUACCCAGAGCGAGAAAAGCCGUAGAGAGAAAAAAGAAGAGCCUGCAACCGAUUCCCUACCUAGUCAGUCGAGUCAACCAGCGAGGCGACUCAGUGUCCAAGAUAGGAUCAGCCUGUUUGAGAACAAGCAGAAGGAGAGCUCAGGCUCUGGUGGAAAGCCCCUCAGCGUGGGGAAAUCUACAGAGCUAAGGAGGCUCUCUUCUGAUGUGUCAUCCUCAUUUGGAGGUGUUGAGAAGGCUGUGUUGAGGCGAUGGAGUGCUGCUAGUGACAUGAGCAUUGAUUUGGGCAAUGACAAGAAGGAGAAUAGCAGUAAUACUGAUAGCCUCAUGUGCAUGACAGCCUCUUCUGUUCCCCAAACACAAAGUACAAGUGUGAUUUCAAGUUUGAAUGAUGAUAAAAAGGACCAAAGGGAGUUGAAUAAUUCUGCUGGUUCGGUUAAAAGUGGUUAUGGGUUAAAGGAUCAAGGAGACUUGCUGAUGCAAAUUGGUGGGGUUUUAGGGAACAAGGAGGAUGUUGGGUUGGAGGAUAAAGCAAAUUGGAAAGACCAAGUGGGGUCUCAGACCCAAUUCAGGGCAUUUAAAGGGAGGGCGGAGAAUGUUGGUGUGGUUGAUCAGGGGGUAAGGGAGGAGAAGCCAAAGGGUUCUUGGGGUAGGGAAGAGAGCAAUGGUGGUCUUAUGGAUCAGGUGGAAACUGAAGGGUUCGAUAACCAGGCUGGUUUCCAAUCCCAGAUUGGUAGUGUUCCUGGCAGGAUUGGAAAUGUGGCAUUUGAUGGUGAACCUACAAAUAGAUUGAAGGAUGCUGAGAAUAGGGCUCAGCCUGUAGGUCAAUCACAGUAUAGGGGAUUGCAAAGUCACAUCCGAUCUCGUUCAGGGCAUCUUGAAGGCGGUAUAGGAGUCAUAGAUAAAGAAUCUCAACACAAUGAGACAGAGAGGGAUCUGUUAACUUCUCAGCCACAAUGGAGAUCAUUUACUAGAGAAACCAAAGCAUUGAUUAAGAAAGACAUGGACAGCUUAGCUAGGGAAGCAGUGAUAACAGAAGAUUCUAGAGUUCAGAGGAUGAACUUCCAGAAACCAGUGUCAGUUGAGGCUGAACAUAGUAAGAAGUUGCAAGGCAAGCGGGAUGUGGAUUGCUUUGUCCGUGGAAACACGCCAGUGUCCGCUGGUGGAAAGUUUUCUGAGAAUAAAGAGUCCCAUGUGACAAUCUGCUCACCUUCAUUGGAGCAAGCGGAAAGGGUUAGGCAGCCUAAGGGAAAUCAGGAGCUUAAUGACGAGCUGAAAAUGAAGGCGAAUGAGCUUGAAAAGCUUUUUGCAGAGCACAAGCUUCGGGUUCCUGUAGAUAAUUCCACUGCUUCAAGAAGAAGCAAGCCUGCUGAUGCGCAGAUUGAACAUGCUGCUGGUGCCCACUACAGAAGAUCAGCAGAAGCAGCGAAGGUAUCUCCUGCACAUUUGUCUGAAAGGAAUGCGCUGAUUGAGCCAAUAACUAGUUCAAAUGGUAUGGAAAAAUUCAGUACUCCUCCUGCAAUAAAAAUGGUAGAAUACCAGGACUACAGUGAUACUUUGAGGCAGGAUUUCUCUGAGCUUAGUUUUUCAGAUGACUCUAGAGGAAAAUUCUAUGAAAAGUAUAUGCAGAAAAGAGAUGCAAAACUUAGGGACGAAUGGAGUUUUCAAAGGGCAAAGAAGGAGGCCAGGAUGAAGGCUAUGCAAGAUAGCCUUGAAAGAAGUAGGACUGAGAUGAAAACCAAAUUUUCUGGGUGUGCAGACAGACAAGAUUCAGAUUCUAAUGCUUUUCGACGUGCAGAGAAACUUAGAUCAUUCAAUAUCUGGUCAAGUAUGAGUAGGGAGCAGCCUCCAGUGGAUACGAAUCACAGUGGAGUCGAUGAAGAUCCUGCUGAAUAUUCAGACCAUAAAAUUGUUGGGCAGGCUAGAUCAUUCAGCAGGACAACUUUGGGGGAUGGUGCUUCCACAAACUCCCAAAAUAAGAAACAUCUCCCUGGUAGAACUCUGUCUAUAACCACCCCUCGGAUCACAGCAGCUCCAAUUCCACGGCCAUCAGGCAAAACCUCCAACUCCAAUUCGGCGAGGCGAAGAGCACAAGCAGAAAAUUCUCUUGCACAGUCAGUUCCCAACUUCUCUGAUUUCAGGAAAGAAAACACAAAGCCCUCACCUGGAAUUAGCAAAAUAACCACCCGCUCACAGCUGAGGACCUAUGCCCGCAGCAAGAGUACAUGUGAAGAGGUACCUCUUGUAAAGGAAGAGAAACCUCGUCGGUCCCAAUCCUUGAGAAAGAGCUCUGUAGGUCAGGUAGAGUUCAAAGAUUUGCCCUCCUUAAACCCUGAUGGUGUUGUUUUAUCACCUCUAAAGUUUGAUAAAGAGCAGACUGAGCUGAAUGUAUUUGAUAAACUUACAAGAAAUGUGGAGCCAAAGCCUUUCCUUAGGAAGAGUAAUGGUGUAGGUUCUGUUGCUGGUGCUAGUACUGCCAAGCAGAAGACUUCAGUCGAAUCUGAAACUUUAGAAGAUGAAGAUGAACUUGAUGAAUCACCCUUUGAAGUAGCUGAUUCAUUGGAUAUGGAGAAAGGGGAAGAAGAGGAGGAUGAAACAAUAGCAGGGGAGGAUUGUGCUGAUACAGAAAAUGGAAAACCAAGACUGAGUGAGGAUUCGGAGAGACUGGGUAUCUCUGAAUCAGAAAAUGAUGAUUCCAGAAGACCUCCUCCCCAUGUUGACCCUGCAUCUGUUGUUGAGUUGCCUGUCGCUGUGCCAUCACCAUUGCAUGCUGCAGGGUCUCUGCAUGAAUCACCAGCGGAAAGCCCUGCGUCAUGGAACUCACGCGCACAUCAUCCAUUUACAUAUCCACAUGAGACUUCAGAUUUUGAUGCUUCCGUGGACUCUCCAAUUGGCAGCCCUGCAUCAUGGAAUUCUCACUUGCUUACCCAGACGGAGGCAGAUGUAGCCCGAAUGAGGAAGAAAUGGGGAAGUGCCCAAAAACCUUUUCUUGUUGCUAAUUCAUCCCAUAAUCAAUCUCGCAAGGAUGUCACAAAAGGAUUUAAGCGACUAUUAAAGUUUGGGAGGAAAAAUCGUGGUACAGAGAGCUUGGUUGAUUGGAUAUCCGUUACAACUUCUGAAGGAGAUGAUGACAUGGAAGAUGGCCGAGAUCCUGCAAAUCGAUCAUCAGAGGAUUUAAGGAAGUCUAGAAUGGCAUUCUCCCAGGGUCAUCAGGCUGAUGAUGGAUUUAAUGAGAGCGACUUGUUCAAUGAACAUGUUCAAUCCUUAAAUAGCUCCUCCAUACCCAUCCCCCCAGCGAACUUCAAAUUGAGGGAGGGGCAUAUGUCAGGAAGCUCGAUUAAAGUGCCAAGAUCAUUUUUCUCGCUCUCAUCAUUCCGAAGCAAGGGAAGUGAGUCAAAGCCCAGGUGAUCAGUGAACUUAGGAAGCCCUGAGCAAGUACUUUGGAUCAUGAUGAAACAUAGGGUGUAAAGGGUAUUAUAUAUAUAGAUAUGCUCGAGGUAGGCAUGUGCAACCAUUUAUAUUACGUCUACAGUGGGACUAAAUAAAUCUUCAUGGAUGCAUAAGGUCUUGUGAUUUAGUCAUCAUUUGUAAGUCACAUGGAAAUGUGUUGUAUAUUGAAGAAAUAUCGUCCAUUGGCGUAAUCUCAUUGCGAUUUUGGUAGUUCAGGGAAUUCUUUUCUCCUUUUCUUUUGCUUUAAUCUUGUGUGAUGUAUAUUAGAACUUGAACUGUUAAUAUCAGCAGAAUUGUUGAAAGUUUAAAGAGGAGUGAUGUAGUUAUGCGGAUAGCAUUUGAGAGAUGGUUACUUAUUUUUCAUUUUCUGUUGUUGUUACUGAGGUAUUUUCUGAUACUACGCUGUAAUUGACUAUUGAACUA